CUAUUCCAAACCACAUAGUUAUCUCUACUCAUUAUUUACUAUAUAUAUAAGCUUAUUGAAUUAAAAUGGUAAUGGCGCAACAAACUACUCAUCUUUACACACCUGAUACAUCAACUUUGCGUCAGAGAGGAAAGACCACCCUUACCGACCAUGACGACGAUUUUGAGGAGGCGCCAUUCGAGAGUACAGCUGACAUCUCCAAGCUAGUUCCAACUUCCCUACGAAGCCGCAGCGAUAGUAUGGGAAGCAGUGACAGCAGCGAUUUUUUGCAUGUUGACAUUCAUCCGGAUGACCCAUUGCGACAGGCAAUCGAAACUCUACGCACUGAAGAGCUACCCCGUUACGAGUCCGGGGAAAUAAACAAGGACAGAUUUAUAGACCUUGCACAAGCCGCAUUGGAAGAGGCUACAGUCGAAGAAGACAAAAAGGGUGUUAUUCAGGAAGUUGUUGAAACAUUGCUUGCACAAACAGGUGCUCCACUUGUCGCCGAGGCAAUUUCAGAGCAGCUUCGAAGCCAAGAAGUUAUUGAGCAAUUGGCAGAGAGUCAUGAAGAGGAAAGGCAACGGCAAAACUCAUCACCCGUUCACGCACCCGAAAUUCUCAAGGAGCCUGAGACAGACGAAUUGUCCUCAAAGAAGAUGAAUGACGAAGCUAGGAAAACAGUGGUAGCUGCACCCGAAAGAAUGGUAUCAGAGUAUCUCUGGCGACUGUUCCGAGUACUUCUCUUAGCGAGUAUUGUAGGAUUAGUUUAUCAUUUUAUGCGUGAUCUUUAAGCUGACUUGUCUUUUGUAAAUAUCCACAUUUUUCUUACAUAAACCCCCCACAAACUCCCUUUACUCAAUUUCAUCCAAGAAGCUCAAAAUCUGUCAUAUAUAUCUAAAUUAAUCUCAAUAAUAUUUUGAAGACAACCAUC